AUGGGCUUUCUGGAGAGAUCAAGGUCCUUACGCCGUAAGGAGACGCCUUUCAUGCGCAAGAAGAAUGAUGAAACGUCUACUACACAGCAAGUGGAGAGUGUUAAUGUUGAGAGAGACGUCCAGCGCUCUGUCAAGAGUGCUCAUGGCCAGAAAGAUCCAACAUGGAAAGGAACACAGACCCCACCAUCGGAUUCACCAAGGCCUUGCACUGCAAGCAAAGCGCCUGUCCAAGAGGUACAGCCGGAAAUGCAGAUGCCUAGUUCUGCGCGAAACUUCGCAGAUUCACUUGCUUUCAAACUGCCCAACAAGCCAUCGAGAAGAAUGUCCAUGACUCCAUCGCCACGAAUUUCGACGACCAAACUGACUCUCCAUGCCAACCAUUCCACACCCGGUGUGACACUCGAAAAUGCACGAAGCCCUAAGCGGUCUAUGACAACCCCUAUUGAACCACUUCCUACUAUGACCAAGAAAGAGGAGAAGCCGCUUGAAGUAGUUGCUCCGCCCAAGGCUGGGGCACCCUCGGCUGCUCCGCGCAAGGAGCCCCAUCUGCGCAAAUCUAAAUCUGGUACUUGGAGGUCCUUCUUCUCCAGGAAACAAUCAAAACCGCCACUUCCGGACUUCAACCCAGCAGAUAUCGCCUCACCACCAGCACUACCAAAAUCGUCUGCCAAGAGCUCUGUGCCGACAGCCUCAGCCAAAGAUGGCAAGAAGUUCGAUCGCAACUCAAUCACCGUAGAGAAGACGAGGGCUGUGCAGAACCAAAGCAGCACUCGGGCACAAAACACGAAAAGGAUCGGAGAAGCCUCCGCACUACCCCAAUCGAAAGCAUCUAAUCUUCUAUCCCUGGAGCCUCCACCACGAUCAGCUGCACGAAGUCCUAGUGGAGACUCGGCUGUGUCCCAAUAUUUAGAUGCUGCAUCACAAAAGAGCGGUCCCUCGUUACCAGUGACCCCUCUUGAGGGGCCCGGUCAACGCAGACUCGACAUCAACAUCCCUGCUGUCGAGAUGGAGCGCUACAGCGUCAUGUUCGAAAAGCUGCUCAAGCCUCAGACCUCACUUAUGGAUAGACGACAGACUAUGGUGAAACAACUGAAUCUCUCAGAUCAACCCUCAGGAAGACUUGCUCCCGAAUCUCCUGCCUUGCAGCGCCGUGCUACCUCACCUAAUCUCAGUUGCCGCACACCUUUAGCUGCGGAAAUGAACGGUUAUGGCUCUCAAGUUGCCACGCCUGUACCUAUUUACCGUGCAUCAAUUACGCCACGCCUAUUGCGUUCGCAGACCGCACCACCUGGAGCACUCGAGACCUCGCACCGUGGUUGCGAACAAGGAAACCAGGCACCCAGCACUACCAACAAUUCCUCUGCCUGCUCCACAAGUUCGCAGAUGUGGAGCGAUGCAUCCCGACCACAAACCCCUUCUUCUGAUGCAGAAUCUUUCGUCAGUUUUGAUGUCAAUGAUGUUGAUGAUGACGACGAUGAUGAUAGCGGUGAUGAAAACGACGAAAAGGAUGACACUGAUGUGUACAUUCAUGAUGCCGUGGCUAUGCAAGCGACAUCCUUGUUCAAGGAUAACCACUGGAGAAACGACACACCCGUCAUGACCUGCGCACCGCCAAUCCCACCGAAAGCGCUGGGUCGCCAAAGUCCUCCCGCUUUCGAGCUGGAAAAGCAGGCGGCCACAAUCAAUCGUCCACACCCACCACGCACAAGCUCUCUGGACGAUGCUGCCGCGAAACGCAAGACCCAGACGGGUCCGCAGAUUGGGAUCGCAAGGAAGAUCUCUGUGGUGCGUAGAGCUCCUCCCAACAGCAGACUUAGCGUGCCCUCGCCGCCGCAGGCAAAGUCUUCUGCUGCUCUCGAUCCGACUAGUCCUAUGCCAGUGUUCAGCAAGCAACCGCUACGUCCAAAGCUUGUAGACGUGCGCAACCGCAAGAGCACUCUGGUCGUGCUUGACGAGGCCUAG